AGGCCCACUUCCAGUGCUGUGACUGCGGUGCAAGGGUGAAAGUUAGAAGACAUGGCUAACCUUCCAGAAAUCUUCAAGUACGUGGAUGACCACCAAGAAGAGUACAUCCAGCGUUUGGCAGAAUGGGUCGCUGUACAGAGUGUGUCUGCGUGGCCAGAGAAACGUGGGGAGAUCAAAAAGCAGAUGGAGAUGGCUGCAAAGGAUCUUGAGAAACUCGGAGGAACAGUGGAGCUGGUCGACAUCGGCACACAGAAGCUGGCGGAUGGCAAGGAGAUCCCUCUUCCUCCCAUCAUCUUGGGCAACCUGGGCUCAGAUCCUGCCAAGAAGACCGUGUGCAUCUACGGCCACCUUGACGUUCAGCCCGCAGCACUCGAGGACGGCUGGGACACAGAGCCUUUCAAACUGGUGGAGGUAGAUGGAAAGUUGUAUGGAAGAGGCUCGACUGAUGACAAGGGCCCGGUCCUGGCCUGGUUCAACUGCAUUGAGGCUUACCAGAAGACCAAGCAGGAGCUUCCCAUCAACAUCAAGUUCUGUUUUGAGGGGAUGGAGGAGUCUGGCUCGAAGGGCCUGGACGAGCUGGUCUUCUCGCGGAAGGACUCCUUCUUCAACGACGUGGACUACGUCUGCAUCUCCGACAGCUACUGGCUGGGCAAGACCAAGCCCUGCAUCACCUACGCGGGGCGCGGCAUCUGCUACUUCUUCAUUGAGGUGGAGUGUUGUGAUAAGGACCUGCACUCUGGAGUGUUCGGAGGCGCAGUGCACGAGGCCAUGACGGACUUGAUCGCAAUGAUGGGUUCCCUGGUGGACAAAAAGGGGAAGAUCCUGGUGCCUGGGAUGUACGAAUCCGUAGCCAAGCUCACGGAGGAGGAGAAGAAGCUCUAUGAGAAGAUCGACUUCGACAUGGACGAGUACUGCAAGGAUGUCGGCGCAUGCAAACUGCUGCACGACACAAAAGAACAAAUUCUGAUGCAUCGAUGGAGGUACCCAUCUCUCUCCCUGCAUGGAAUCCAGGGUGCUUUCUCCGAAGGCGGGGCCAAGACUGUCAUUCCCCGCAAGGUCAUUGGCAAGUUCUCCAUCCGUCUCGUCCCAGACAUGGACCCCAAGCAUGUGGAGAAGUUGGUCAUCAGUCACCUCCACAAGCAGUUUGCGGAGCGCGAGAGCCCUAACAAGAUGAAGGCCUACACGGGCCACGGGGCCAAGGCCUGGGUGGCGGACUUCAACCACCCACACUUCAUGGCCGGCAGAAGAGCCAUGAAGACUGUGUUCGGUGUGGAGCCUGAUCUGACCAGGGGGGGAGGCAGCAUCCCAGUCACCCUGACCUUUCAGGAGGCCACGGGACGCAACGUCAUGCUCCUCCCAGUGGGCUCCUCCGAUGACGGAGCUCACUCACAGAACGAGAAGCUCAGUGGAGGUCAGCUGAUUAGGAGCCGUUUGGAAGCCACAUGGUGCCCCCAGCCAAAGAUGAACAGCGUGCUGCAAGACCCACGUACGAUACAGCACACUGCUGACAGGAAGCUGAGCCGCUUAGUCUGA